GCUGCGCGGCGGCGCGAGGCGCUCAGCCCCGAGGGACGGACGAGUCCCCACGAGCCGCAGCUCAGCCGCUCUCCGGGCAGCGAGGUCGGGCACCCCGGCUCUCCGGAUCUGCCAGGUGUCCUCGCCUCUCGAGGGGCAGGCGGCGGCGACGUCCGGGAUGGCUUCGGCGGGCAGCGGCAUGGAGGAGGUGCGCGUAUCGGUGCUGACCCCACUGAAGCUGGUCGGGCUGGUGUGCAUCUUCCUGGCGCUGUGUCUGGACCUGGGCGCAGUGCUGAGCCCAGCCUGGGUCACGGCGGACCACCAGUACUACCUGUCCCUGUGGGAGUCCUGUCGGAAACCCGCCAGCCUGGACAUCUGGCACUGCGAGUCCACACUCGGCAGCGAUUGGCAGAUUGCUACUCUAGCCUUACUCUUGGGUGGUGCAGCCAUCAUUCUCAUUGCAUUCCUGGUGGGUUUGAUUUCUAUCUGCGUGGGAUCUCGAAGGCGCUUCUACAGACCUGUUGCUGUUAUGCUUUUUGCAGCAGUUGUUUUGCAGGUUUGCAGCCUGGUCCUUUACCCGAUCAAGUUCAUUGAAACUGUGAGCUUGAAAAUUUACCAUGAGUUCAACUGGGGUUAUGGCCUGGCCUGGGGUGCAACUAUAUUUUCAUUUGGGGGUGCCAUCCUUUAUUGCCUGAACCCGAAGAACUAUGAAGACUACUACUAAAACCGAGUCUCAAAAGAAAAAGCAACCAUCCAACAAAAGAAUUGCAUCUGCAUCUUUUCUAUUUUCUAAAACACUUGUGGAGCAUUAAGUAGUUUGCUCAUUUGAUUUAAUAUCCUUUGCCUUUUGGCUGUCAAUAUUAUAAACAGCUUUUACAUUCAUUUUAGGGACCUGCACAAAUUAAGAGAGCUGAUUAGACAUAGGCAAAUGCUUCAAACUUCCAAUAUGUUCAUGUCAUUUUUCUUGACAAGUGAAGGGUCUAUAUGACAGCAACUAUUGUGAGAAACUAGUUGGAAUGAAAAUUGCCUGAAUCUCAUAUUGCCUGCAGGGGAGCAGCUGGCAUAAGCAGCAUUUAGAAGUUCCUUUGCUCUGAUAAGGAUUCCAUUGUUAAAUCCUGGUUCACCUGCUUAUCCCACUCAGUGACUACACUGGUUGUUGGUAAUUGAGUGAGUUCUUGAAAAGUGAACUGCCCUUUGGCAUCUUAUGUGUAUUGUGAAUAUAAUUGGUUAAUGAUACACAUUCCACUUUCAAGAAUAUUUUUUUAAUGGGAGGCUAUGCUUUGGCAAUCAGCAUCUCCCUUGAAAGGAAGUCAAGACCUGGAGACAUGUGCUUUUCAUUAUAUGGUUAGAAAUUGUGCUUCAGACUCUUCUAGAAGAGGGGAAAACUGAGGAUCUCUGCUUUCCCUGGGGCAAUCAGAAAGAAGUAUGCAUGAGUUGCUUUUGUACCCUUUAAAUCAUUUACCAAACAUUGCAGCAAACAACUGUGCAUAUGUAACAAACUUAAAUAUUUUUUGUAGAAGGUGAACUAUUAGUAUAAAUGGUAAUAAGUUGUUCCUUAACCCUGCACAUACAUUUACCAAUUACGUAUAAAAUUAGUAUUUGCUGUAGUGAAGUGGUUUGAACACUAACCUUGUACGCAUUAAGAGGCUUAGAUUGGUUCUCACACUCAUUUACAAUAUAAAAGUACAUAUACCUUAAAGCUUUUGCUCUAUGUUCUCUACUGUUUCACUGGAAAGUAUUAAUAGAAUUGCCUAAGAAGAAAAAAUGAAAUGGUGUUAAUAUGAAAAUUAACGAUUCUUCUGUAAGCACUGUAUUUCAAAAGAAAGUAGCAAUUAGGAUGAUCACUUUGUGUAAAAUUCAUUAAAAUAGAAGGCUGCUAUUUUUUGCAAGUAUUUUAAAUGUCUUCAUUUUAAAAAAUAGCGUUAGAUUUACAUAAAUGUCUAAACAUCUUGGUAGAGGAAUAGAAUUCAUUUGGUUAUCACCUGGUCCUCUGGAGUUAACUGAUGGGCUGAUUUGUGCACACAAUUAUGAUGGAUUUUUGUUAAGGGAAUCAUUUACUCACUGUUCCAAGGGAAGAAAAUAUCAAUAAGUUUGAAGCUAAUCUCACACUGCAAACUUGUAUUAAUCCUGUUUAAUAUACAAAUUUGGAUAGUUUAAUUAUAAACCUAUUUUUAUAUAAAAUAUACAAUUCUAAUAUAAAAGUUAUAAAUAAUUAUUUUUGUUAGGAAAGACACUAAAACAGUAUGUUCUGGUUUGACCCUCUUGCAGAAAGAAGCAUUGGAAAAAUAACUUAAAACAUAUCCAUUUAUUAUUAUAUUAUACAAACCAUUGCAAGCAGGACAACAUCAAGAAUAUUUAGUAAUUUGCUUUACCUCCAAGAGCAGAGUUAUGCUUUUAACUUGUCUUAAAAAUGGUUGCCAAAAACAACAACCCCCACCCAAGGAAACUAUUUUAUUAUUCAGAUGCCAAAAAAAGCCACUUACAUGGUGAAUUUUCUACAGAAUCAAAAAAAUAAAUAUGAAAUACCAGGCUUAUUCUUAUUUUAGUAACGAUAGACAAACGUGUAUCCUAGAGAGAAACCUUUAUAAAACUCUAUGAUUCUAUAAAGAAUCAUAAGAAGCUAUGAAUGGAAGUGUUCCAGAAAGAUACUAUUAUUGUAGAAUAUUUGGAAGCAAUCUUCCUGAGGAAUAGUAAAAUCUGGGGCAAACUCACUUGAAGUUAAUUGCAUAUUUUCAGAACAGCAUAAGAAAUAAAAUAUUUGGAUUUUGGUUACUAAACACACUGUUGUGAGAACAUCUCUUUAUUCCUAAUAGUGGAAGAACAGUACAUUGUUGCUGACAUCAGUGAGACACCUUUCUUGGACCUAGUGGAGGAUGCAAUGUGCUGUUAGACCAACAUCAUGAUCUUAUCAAGUUUUCAUUCUCUGUCAGUACGAAAGUAUCGAGAUGUCGAGGCACACAUAUCUGUAGUUUAUUGAAAAGAUUUCUUCUAUAACUUUUCCCUUCCCAGUGAAGAGCCAGCCUUAUGCUACAUUUCCAGCAUCACUAAUAUUUGGAAAUGUUUCAUUACUAACAAAGCUCAGUACAACAGGAAACUUGUUGUACAUCCAAAAUAUUAUUUUUGUCUAUCAGAAUAAACACAAGUGAAGUUUGACCUACAUUAAUAUGUUUUUGCAGCUUUAGGUUUGUUUCAUGUUUUCUUAAGCAAAAUUGUUAACCACAACUCAUUGUUUAUUUUAGAGAGUAUGAAUAUAUAUAUAUAUAUAUAUAUAUAUAUAUAUAUAUAUGGCAUAGCAUAAAAGUACUCAGCAGGGCUAGUUAUUUGGAUUUCUUGCACAAGUAUUUAGCUUUUUGUAAGUUCAACAUGUAAAUUUUAAAAACAUAAAUAUAGAGAGACCUAUGUGUUUGAAAUAUAAAUGAUAUAUGUGGAUUAGCAUGUACCUGUAUAUUAUUAAAUUGUAAUGAACUGAUUGGUAAGUGACGUUUAAUUGUAUGGCUAGCAGUGUAAUUUAUUCAGACUGUAUUUUUGUACAGAGCAGCACACACUAACCUAUGCCUCUGUGUCCUCUUUAAUGCCUAAAACUGUGCCUAGAAAUUUCAUCUGUCUUAAAAAUAAAAUAUAAUUCAUGCUGUUUAUGCUAAUAAUUUCUUUAUUGCUAUUCUAUAUUUAUUACUUUUGAAUAUAUGACAUGUUUAGUACUUAAAUAUGAAUUUAUGGUAUCCUGGUUACUUUUUUUAACAAUCAUCUGGGGGAAAGCUAUUUAUCACUCCAGUGACUCAGUUUGCAGUUUCAUGAUCAGUUCUUCAUUUCAUGAUUUUUGUAGUUGACAUGAAGUUAUCUGUGUGGAAAAAAAUAAAAAUAAAAGUGGUUUCACUGA